GCGGCGACGCGGGGCCGGCGGCCGUGCGGUGCCGGGAGGGCGGCUGGGCAGGCUGCAGGAUGCUGCGCGCCGCCCUGUCCCUGCUCGCGCUGCCCCUGGCGGGGGCGGCCGAAGAGCCCACCCAGAAGCCAGAGUCCCCAGGCGAGCCUCCCCCAGGCUUGGAGCUCUUCCGCUGGCAGUGGCACGAGGUCGAGGCGCCCUACCUGGUGGCCCUGUGGAUCCUGGUGGCCAGCCUGGCCAAAAUUGUAUUUCACCUGUCUCGGAAAGUAACAUCUCUGGUCCCUGAGAGCUGCCUGCUGAUUUUGCUGGGCCUGGUGCUAGGGGGCAUUGUUUUGGCUGUGGCCAAGAAAGCUGAGUACCAGCUGGAGCCAGGCACCUUCUUCCUCUUCCUGCUGCCUCCUAUUGUGUUGGACUCAGGCUAUUUCAUGCCUAGCAGACUGUUCUUUGACAACUUGGGUGCCAUCCUCACCUAUGCCGUGGUAGGCACACUCUGGAAUGCCUUCACAACAGGCGCUGCCCUCUGGGGCUUGCAGCAGGCUGGACUUGUAGCCCCUAGGGUGCAGGCUGGCUUACUGGACUUUCUGCUGUUUGGGAGCCUCAUCUCGGCGGUGGACCCUGUGGCCGUGCUAGCUGUCUUUGAGGAGGUGCACGUCAAUGAGACUCUGUUUAUCAUCGUCUUUGGCGAGUCCCUGCUCAACGAUGCAGUCACCGUGGUGCUGUACAAGGUCUGCAACUCCUUUGUGGAGAUGGGCUCUGCCAACGUGCAGGCCACUGACUAUCUGAAGGGAGUCGCCUCCCUGUUUGUGGUCAGUCUGGGCGGGGCAGCCGUGGGCUUAGUCUUUGCCUUCCUCCUGGCCCUGACCACACGCUUCACCAAGCGGGUCCGCAUCAUCGAGCCGCUGCUGGUCUUCCUCCUCGCCUACGCAGCCUACCUCACUGCUGAAAUGGCCUCGCUCUCCGCCAUUCUUGCGGUGACCAUGUGUGGCCUGGGCUGUAAGAAGUACGUGGAGGCCAACAUCUCCCAUAAGUCACGCACAACUGUCAAAUAUACAAUGAAGACUCUAGCCAGCUGUGCUGAGACCGUCAUCUUCAUGCUGCUUGGCAUCUCAGCUGUGGACUCUUCUAAGUGGGCCUGGGAUUCUGGGCUGGUGCUUGGAACCCUCAUCUUCAUCCUGUUCUUCCGAGCCCUCGGCGUAGUCCUGCAGACCUGGGUGCUGAAUCAGUUCCGGCUAGUCCCUCUGGACAAGAUUGACCAAGUGGUGAUGUCCUAUGGGGGCCUGCGGGGGGCUGUGGCCUUUGCUCUCGUCAUCCUACUGGAUAGGACCAAGGUCCCUGCCAAGGACUACUUUGUAGCCACCACUAUUGUAGUGGUCUUCUUCACAGUCAUCGUGCAGGGCUUGACCAUCAAGCCACUGGUCAAAUGGCUGAAGGUGAAGAGGAGUGAGCAUCACAAACCCACCCUGAACCAGGAGCUGCAUGAGCACACUUUUGACCACAUUCUGGCUGCAGUGGAGGACGUUGUGGGGCACCAUGGCUACCACUACUGGAGGGACAGGUGGGAGCAGUUUGACAAGAAAUACCUGAGUCAGCUACUGAUGCGACGGUCAGCCUACCGCAUCCGGGACCAGAUCUGGGAUGUGUACUACAGGCUCAACAUCCGGGAUGCCAUCAGCUUUGUGGACCAGGGAGGCCACGUCUUAUCUUCCACAGGUCUCACUCUGCCUUCUAUGCCCAGCCGCAAUUCUGUGGCAGAGACUUCUGUUACCAACCUGCUGAGGGAGAGUGGCAGUGGAGCAUGUCUGGAUCUGCAGGUGAUUGACACGGUACGCAGCGGCCGGGAUCGUGAGGAUGCUGUGAUGCAUCAUCUGCUCUGCGGAGGCCUCUACAAGCCGCGCCGUAGGUACAAAGCCAGCUGCAGUCGCCACUUCAUCUCAGAGGAUGCGCAGGAGCGGCAGGACAAGGAGGUCUUCCAGCAGAACAUGAAGCGGCGGCUGGAGUCCUUUAAGUCCACCAAGCACAACAUCUGCUUCACCAAGAGCAAGCCGCGACCCCGCAAGACUGGCCGCAGGAAGAAGGAUGGAGUGGCGAAUGCUGAGGCUACAAAUGGGAAACCUGGAGACCUGGGCUUUCAGGACACAGCUGCUGUGAUAUUAACCGUGGAGUCUGAGGAGGAGGAGGAGGAAAGCGACAGUUCAGAGACAGAGAAGGAGGACGAUGAGGGGAUCAUCUUUGUGGCUCGGGCCACCAGUGAGGUUCUCCAAGAGGGCAAGGUCUCAGGAAACCUUGAGGUGUGCCCAAGCCCACGAAUCAUUCCCCCCUCCCCAACCUGUGCAGAGAAGGAGCUCCCCUGGAAGAGUGGGCAGGGGGACCUGGCAGUGUACGUGUCCUCGGAAACCACCAAGAUUGUGCCUGUGGACAUGCAGACCGGUUGGAACCAGAGCAUCUCAUCCCUGGAGAGCCUAGCGUCCCCUCCCUGUAACCAGGCCCCAAUUCUGACCUGCCUGCCUCCCCAUCCACGGGGUGCUGAAGAGCCCCAGGCCCCUCUCCACCUGCCUUCUGAUCCACGCCCUAGCUUUGCCUUCCCCCCAAGCCUGGCCAAGGCUGGCCGCUCCCGCAGUGAGAGCAGCGCUGACCUCCCCCAGCAGCAAGAGCUGCAGCCCCUCAUGGGCCACAAGGACCACAUCCAUCUCAGCCCAGGCACCGCUACCUCCCACUGGUGCAUCCAGUUCAACAGAGGCAGCCGGCUGUAGCCCAGGGUCUCGGGGAGGAGCAGAAGGUGGAAUCCCUGCAGGAAAUGCUCCCUGGGCAGCGGGUAGAGCCCUUGCAACUUGACAUGGGGCCAGAGGGGCCUGGGUUGAAGUAGUAAUUGGGCUUCCUUGGGGCUAGAGGGGUGACCUGAGCUGGUCUUCACAGGGGCCUUUCUCACCACCUCCCUGCUCCUAACCCCUGCCACUUUCUGUUUCAGUAAGGCGUCUACUCUGGCUCAGGACCCAGUCCAGGCCUUCUACGGGCUAGGCCCAGAGACUUGGGUUGCUGCUCUCCCUUCCCUAGUGGGUUUUUCCAGGUACUCUAUAGGCAGCUGCUCCUGCUCCCAAAGCAAGGGCAUCAUCCCUAUUCUUCAGUGGAUGCCAGCCUUCCCUGCCCCUACUCCCUCCCCAGCACUGGGUCAGUGGUGUCCUGGCAGUGAGGCUCCAUGAGAGGAACGGGGUGAGAGGUGGGGCAGGCCUCACCCUUGGGCUUUACUGCCCUGUUGGGUCAGCUACCCAUAGUCCAUUUUUUAAGGGCAGUGGGAACUUCUGUCUCCACAUCCUGCUUUAGUCCCUUCCCUUUGCUGCCAGGUAUUGGGGUAAUAGUUCCUCCUUUUCCAAGACCAAGGCCAGGAGGCUGGGCCAGGCUUCAGUUCAGGCCUGUUGCUUAACUGGGGUCACCUGGGAUCUGCUGCUCUGGUCUAAGUCUGGACCUUUCUAAUCCUUGGGUCUGGGUUUUUUGAGGAGGGGACAUAGUGGCCUCUGGGCUGCAAUGUCACUACCUGAACAUUCCCCAAACAGAGAAGGAACCCAGCAUCUCAGGGCCACUGCUCCACUGCUCUGGGGGCUGGGAUGCCUGGCUAAGCAGGGGCUGACAGCAGGUGACUUUCCAAGGGUCAGCACCUGCCUUGUAUUUUGUACCUUGAACCUAAGAUACAUUAAACAUCUCUCAGAUGGA